CAAACAUUGUAGACACUGCCACAACACUGCUCUGAACAUCUAAGACUCUAGCACGAAAUACAAAAUGUUCAGCAUGAGGGUUAAUCUGCCAUCUGUUCUAAUAAUCUGCUAUUCUCUUGGAACUUGUACAGCAAAUCUGGAUAUCAAAACUCACCCAUGUACAAUUAAGGAAAAAAAUAUAUCAGUGGUUAUUGAUUGUAAGGCAUGCCACUUAAAAACUGUUCCUUCACCGAUCAACUACACAGCUAACUCUGCAGAGUUGCUGUUGUCCAAAAAUCAUAUACAUACAGUACAUAAAACUGCAUUCCAUAAAUGGCCUAAUUUAACAAAAGUGGAUUUAAGUUUUAAUGCCUAUCAACACCGCGGAGAAAUGGCUGCAAGCGUUCUAACUAUAGACAAUGAAGCAUUUGUCAAACAAACCAAACUUGAGGCGUUGUUCAUCGUUAGCAAUAAUUUGCAUACAAUACCAAGUGGACUGCCCAUUUCAUUACAUACUCUAGAUUUAGGGAAUAAUAAUAUUUUAUCAAUCAGCAGAAAAAGUUUCUCUGAAAUAAAACGCCUGAAGAUACUGUAUCUGGAUCACAACUGUUACUAUGGCAAUAACUGUUCAGAAGAAGUGAAUAUUCAAGAAGGAGCAUUUUUACUGUUACAAAAUUUGACCACCUUGUCUCUAUCAUCUAAUAACUUAAAGAGAGUUCCUCUGGGGCUACCUCCAUCCUUAAGAGCACUUUAUUUGAAGAACAAUAAUAUAACCUCCAUUGGAAAAGAAGACUUUAUGGAUCUAACUAACUUAAAAAUACUUGAUUUGAGUGGUAAUUGUCCAAGAUGCUUUAAUGCUGCAUUUUAUUGCAAACCUUGUCCCGGACAGUCUUCACUAGACAUACAUCCCAAUGCUUUUCAGUACCUUAAGAAACUGGUGAGUCUUAACCUUGGCAAUUCUUCUCUUAAAUCAGUUCCAAGAAUGUGGUUUCAAAACCUAACACAACUGAAAGUUUUGAACUUAGAGAACAAUUAUCUGGUAACAGAAAUGGCAUCAGGUGAUUUUUUACUUAGUUUAUCUUCCCUUCAAAAACUUGAUUUGUCUUUUAAUUACGAGAUAAGAACCUAUUUCCGUAAUUUGAAUCUUUCAGAGAAUUUUUCCAAAUUAAUAUCUCUCCAAGAACUGCAUGUGCAAGGUUAUGUUUUUCAAAUAAUUACAAACACAACUUUUGCUCCAUUACAGAAGAUAAAAACAUUGAAUGUUAUAAACUUUGGAACAAACUUCAUUAGGCAAGUUAAUUUAGAUGUCUUUCAUAAUUUUCAUAAUUUAACAAUGAUAUAUUUAUCUGAAAACAGAAUUACUCCAUUUAUUGUAAGACCAAGGCAAGAAGAAAAUUUUGGAAAAAUUCCCAAAGUUUAUAGAAGCUCCAUCCAUGAUGAUGCCGCACACAAUACAGUAGAUAAUCCAGUUGAUUACCAUUUAGAAAAUGAUAGAUGGUCUGAUCAAAUUAUUAAACCCAUAUGUCUAACAUAUGGAAAAACUUUAGAUCUUAGUUACAAUCUCAUGUUCUUUAUUGCUGCAGAAGAAUUUAGUUUGUUAUCAGACAUAGUAUGUUUGAAUUUGUCCCAUAAUAGCAUUGAUCAAGAUUUAAAUGGGACAGAAUUUGUUCACAUGCCAAAUCUAACAUACUUGGACUUGUCAUAUAAUAAAUUAGAUUUUGAUUCCUCCACAGCUUUUAAGGAACUGCCAAGACUACAAGUGUUAGACCUAAGUUACAAUGCAAAGUACUUUAUGGUUGAAGGUGUAACUCAUAAUUUGAAUUUUAUUGGUAAUAUCCCCAGUCUAAAAGUGUUAAAUAUAAGUUGGAAUAAAAUUUCAACUCUAACUGAAUAUCAUAUUAACGAAAGUGGAGUAGAGGAAUUGAGGUUUUCAGGAAACCUUUUAAAUAUCAUGUGGGCAAAAUGGAACCCACGCUAUGAGGAUAUUUUUAAGAAUUUUACUAGUCUAAAAAUACUAGAUAUAUCGUUCAAUGAUCUUGAACAACUUUCUAACAAAAUUCUUCUUAAUUUACCUCAAAGUCUAACAAAGCUCUACCUAUGCAAAAACAAAUUAGAGUUAUGGCAUUGGAAAACACUGAAACACUUGAAAAAUCUGAAAUUGCUUGAUCUUAGCCAUAACAGAAUAAAAGUGAUAGAGUCUAAUAUGUACAAGUACACAUCAUCCUUGCAAAAACUUUCACUGCAGAAUAAUGUGAUUUCCCAAUUGUUACCUUCUUUUCUUUAUAAAGCUACAAGCCUAACAAAACUUGAUUUGAGCUCCAACCAUAUCCAGACAAUAAACAAAUUAGUGUUUUUGUGGGGAAAUGAUAACUUUUUAAAAGUUCUGUGGUUGGAAGGAAACCCAUUUGAUUGUACAUGUGAAAUCACUGACUUUGUGCAAUGGAUCAUGAAAAACAAUGUUACCAUUCCACGGCUAGCCACUGAUGUUACUUGUGCCACACCUAAUAACUGGAAGAAGAGAGGGAUUAUAACUUUUGACAUACAGACCUGUAAUGUGGACAUGAUAGCAAUGCUGCUGUUUCUAACAUCAUCACUGGUAAUUAUUCCACUAACCGCAUUACCAGUUGUGAAACAUUUGUUUUAUUGGGAUGUGUGGUAUAUAUACCACUGGUGCAAGGCAAGACUCAAACGCUUCAAAGUUCAUUCUUCAGGAAGCGUGUAUGAUGCUUUCAUCACAUAUGACGAGACAGAUCCAGCUGUUACUGACUGGGUUUAUAAUGAAUUGUGUCAUCAGAUUGAGAACAAGGGGAAAAAAAGCAUACUUCUCUGCCUAGAAGAAAGAGACUGGGAGCCAGGAAAAGCUGUCAUAGACAAUAUUGCACAAAGUAUUAACCAAAGUAAAAAGACAUUAUUUGUUCUCACAAAAAAAUACGUAAGAAGCGGAAAGUUCCGGACAGCUUUCUACCUGGCCAUGCAAAAGCUGAUGGAUGAGAAUAUGGACGUUAUUGUCAUUGUACUGUUACAGCCUGUUCUACAAAAUUCCCAGUACCUGAGACUCAGGAAGGAAAUCUGUGCAAGCUCAAUUUUAGAGUGGCCCACAAAUCCACAUGCAGAAUAUUUUUUUUGGCAAAAAAUGAAAAAUGUUUUAUUGACAGAAAACAGUAGUAGGUACAAUAAUUUAUAUACCAAUUCUGUCACAACUUGGCAACAUGGAUAAAAAUAGUACAUACAGUA